UUGCAGUUUCCUUCAAUAUUUUGCCUAGUCGAUGGUGGAAACUGUUUUUUCAGUGAAACUUUUGAUUUUUUCUUGUAAGAAUCUAGGUACAAAGCUAAUGCUUGCUUUAUAUUCUCAAAAUUGUUAUGACAAAAAUCAACUACCUCUCAUUGAGACUCACGUACUUCCUCUGGAGAAUGCAUUCGGCAAGAAGUCCGCGAGGAAACCCCGCGAACUGACCGAUUAUCGAUUAUCAAGUCCAUGAAUUGUGUGACGUCAUGAUGAACUGUUUUCACCGAAAAAUAGCACGAAGUGAAGCAAAGCUGUUCCCUAAAAGACUGCCGAUCAUACUGUCAUCGUAGGAGAUCUGUUUUGUGCGGUAACUAGCGAGGACGAAGGUCCCAUCAUGCAGGAGUUCAGGCAUUUUGAUCCACAGAAGCUGGAGCUGCUGGAAGCCCGCAUCAAAGGCAACCGUUCUCAGCAGCAACCCAUCAUGAUAGCUGAUGAUUCCAAUCAUAGCACCAGCACUUGUAGCCGCGGCUCACCCAGUGAUGAUUUAGAGGUCAUGCAGGCAGAAACCCCAGAAAAGGAGAGAAAGAAGAGGAAAAGAAAAGGACAAGGACAAGAUAUUGAUCCAUCAGGUCCAAAGAAGAUUAGUGAAUAUUUCAAGGCAGCAACAUCAUUAAGUCCAGGAAGAACCAGUCUUGGAAUAGGUAUCUUACCCAAGUCACCUCCACCCAGCGCAUAUCCUAGUCAAAUUAUGUCUUCACCAUGUGGUAACAGCAAUGACUACAUCUCCCACUCGUCACAAUCACCAAAGCCAGCAAGACCAAGGUUUUCAGAUAGCAGCUCUAUAUCAACUCAGACUGACAUGAGUUUACAAGAUUUGGAACUGAAAGAAAGACAGCAUCAAUCCCACAUGAGGGUGAAGGAGGAGACGAUAGAAACACUUAAUAGUACAACUCAGGAUUUACAACGGAGGUUAGACAGUGCUCAGAAACUCCUAGAUAAGUUCAAGGAACAGUCAAAGAGAAGUACAGAAAAGGUUAAACAACUGCUUAUAGAAAAGGCCGCAACUGAAAACAAACAAGCACGAACCAAGAGCAUGGAGGAUCGUCUAAGACUAGGACAGUUCACUACUCAAAGACAAGGGGCCAAAUUUGUUGAAACCUGGAACGAUGGCUAUGCAUUCACUGAUCUUGUCAAGCGCCAGGAGAAAAUUGCCAAAGAAAGGGAGGAACUGGACCAGCAAAGGAAGUCCCUCAUGAAGAGGAAACCGCCGAAUAGUCCUCAUCCUAGUUCCAAGUCCAGGCCCAAACAGAACGGUCCUAAUGACGAAGGGUUUGCCAAACCUCUCCCAGAGUACAUGAAUCAUGCAGAGUUCUAUGAGAGAGAUGAGAUCACAAAAUUAAGACAAGCCGCAUUUAAGAAGGAGGAAUCAGAUCUACAGGGAGAACUGGAGAAGCUAGAACGAGAACGGAAUCUUCACAUACGAGAGCUGAAACGUAUUCACAACGAGGACCAGUCCACCUUUAAAAACCACAAGGUUCUCAACGAUCGCUAUCUACUAUUAAGACUCCUAGGCAAGGGAGGCUUUAGUGAAGUGUACAAGGGAUAUGACCUGAAGGACCAUAGAGAUGUCGCAUGUAAGAUUCAUCAAUUAAGCAAGGAAUGGAAGGAAGAUAAAAAGGCUAAUUAUAUCAAACAUGCUUUAAGGGAGUACGAAAUCCACAAGAGUUUGGAUCAUGCGAGGGUUGUCAAGCUAUAUGAUGUCUUCGAGAUUGAUGCAAACUCAUUCUGCACUGUUUUAGAAUUCUGUCCUGGCAACGACCUGGACUUCCACCUGAAGCAGCACAAGCUGAUGGUUGAGAGAGAGGCGCGUUGUAUCAUCAUGCAAGUAGUUAGCGCCCUCAAGUAUCUGAAUGAGAGGAAGCCACCCAUCAUUCACUACGAUCUCAAACCAGGCAAUAUUCUUCUAUGUCAUGGUUCAACAUGCGGUGCCAUCAAGCUAACUGACUUUGGACUUUCCAAGGUGAUGGACGAUGAGCAUUUCAACUCACAGGAAGGGGGUAUGGACCUGACCUCGCAGGGUGCAGGAACAUACUGGUAUCUCCCUCCUGAAUGCUUUGUAGUUGGUAAAGAACCUCCUAAGAUUUCUUCUAAGGUGGACGUCUGGUCAACAGGUAUCAUCUUCUACCAAUGUCUCUAUGGAAAAAAGCCAUUUGGUCACAACCUAUCACAAGCCUCUAUCUUGGAGCAGAAUACCAUCCUAAGAGCAACUCAAGUCCAGUUCAGUCCAAAGCCAACGGUCAGCCAGGAAGCAAAGGACUUCAUCCGCCGGUGCCUGAUGUACCGCAAGGAGGAUCGGGCAGACGUGCUAGCCCUGGCCAAGGACCCCUACCUGAUGCCUUCCAAUAAGAAGAGCUCUGCAGCUGCUGCAGCUCAUGCCUCGGCCGCAGUCAGUAGUCCCCAGAGUCACUCAAACAUCAGCAAUUCAGAGAACUCCACUUAAUCUUCAAUACCCUACCCAGGUUUCCCCAUGUGUAGUUCCACUUCAUGCUAUGGCCAGACUGCGAUCAGUAUUUGAAGAAAUGGUAAUCGUGUCAGAUAUGGAGAUUCAAACAGGUGGAGGGCAAUUAGCCAAAAAUCAUAAAAUUGGCUAUAACUCUCAAAAUGUAUCUGCCACUGUAACAAAUUUGGUAUCAAUCGAAAGAGCUU